CUCAACUGGCAUUAAGGUUUAAAAAGUUCCUUUGUUCUUUGGUUCCGAGUUUGGUCGCACUAGCGGCGGUUACUGUGCGAAAUUUUGCUGAUUGUCUUAAGUUUCCGUUCACAACUCCAUCAGUCCAUUAGCUUUGAAUUUCAAAUCCAUAGACACUGAGCCAGCAUUGAUGAGUUUGAUGACUGAUGAGAUACACCAAAGUCGAGAACUGAUUCUCAAUAAUUUUUCCCCAUAUCUUUGAACCACAUAACUACUUGAGCAAAAGCUGCAACAAAUAUUGAAAACCAGUGUGGUUUGAACUUUGGGUGGGUUGCUUAUCUUUCUUUUUCCAUGGCCAACCUGAUUCGCGCAAAUGUGGACAAUGAAAUGGUCAAAGCUGUUGCUGCAGUUGUCUUCAAGGGGCACUGGGACAAUCUUUUGAAGCCUAAGAUUGGUUCAUUUGUGACUUCCACCACUAUUAGCCAAGCUCUUCUUCAUAUAUCGCAAUAUUAUUUCUCCCUCUCAUGGUCAUUCUUUCAGUGGGCUGAAUCAGUUCCCAAUUACAAGCAUUCGUUGCAAUCCUCUUGGACUAUGAUUUACAUACUCACCAAACAAAAACACUUCAAAACUGCACAAGACAUGCUUCAGAAGGUGGCGGUCAAAAACUUUUUAUCAUCACCGACAGUUCUGAAUGCGCUUGUGAGAUCUAAUAUGAAUAAUGAUGUGAACUCACAUCUUUUAAGUUGGUUGGUGAUAUUCUAUGCUAAUUCAAAACUACCCCAUGAUGCAAUUCAAGUUUUUGAGCAUAUGAGGGUUUGUAAGCUUAUGCCCCAUACACAUGCUUGUACUACCCUUCUGAAUUCAUUGGUCAAGGAUGGGUUGACUGAUACUUUGUGGAAAAUUUACAAAAAGAUGCAAAAAAUAGGGGUCCUUCCGAAUAUCUAUAUCUAUAACGUGCUUAUGCAUGCCUGUUGUAAGUCCGGUGAUGUAGAGCGGGCUGAUGAUUUAUUGAGAGAAAUGGAGUUUAAAGCUACACUGCCUGACCUUUACACUUAUAACACAUUGAUAUCAUUGUACUGCAAGAAAGGCAUGCAUUAUGAAGCUUUGUGCGUGCAGGAUAGGAUGGAAAGAGCAGGAGUAUGUCCUGAUAUUGUAACCUAUAAUUCCUUAAUUUACAGUUACUGCAGGGAAGGGAGGAUGAGGGAGGCUUUGAGACUUUUCAAGGAAAUUAAAGGUUCUACCACUAACCUGGUUACUUACACCACAUUGAUAGAUGGAUAUUGCAGAGCCAACAAUGUUGCUGAAGCUUUAAGAUUGAAAGCCGCAAUGGAGGCAAAGGGUUUGUAUCCUGGGGUUGUUACUUACAACUCAAUUCUUCGGAAAUUGUGUGAGCAAGGCCAGAUGAAGGAUGCAAAUAUACUAUUAAAUGAAAUGAAUGAGAAGAAAGUCAUACCUGAUAAUGUGACUUGCAACACUUUGAUUAAUGGUUACUGCAAGAUCAGGGAUAUGAAAUCUGCUCUUAAGGUGAAAAAUAAGAUGUUGGAAGGUGGACUAAAACCUGACCGCUUCACUUACAAUGCUAUGAUUCAUGGAUUUUGUAAAGUAAAGGAUACAGAUGGGGCCAAAGAAGUAUUAUUUGACAUGGUUAGGGUUGGACUUUCUCCUAGCUACUGCUCAUAUUCGUGGCUUGUGGAUGCUUACUGCCAUCUGAAUAAUGAGGUAGCGGUUGUCUCAUUGCCAGAUGAGUUUGCAAGAGGAGGUCAUCUUGUUGAUGUUUCCUUUUAUAGGGCAAUUAUAAGGAGGUUGUGCAGGAGAGGUAAAAUUGAUGGUGCUGAAAAAGUUUUCCACAUUAUGCAAGCAAAUGGAGUGCUUGGAGACAGUCUAAUAUAUGCUACUCUUGCAUAUGCUUACUUUAUGGUAGGGAAGGUUGAUGCUGCGUCAUAUUUGUUAGACGACAUGUACAAAAGAAGGCUAAUGAUAACCCUAAAAAUGUACAAAAGUUUUAAUGCUUCUUACUCUGAUGAGAAUACCCUUUUAGAUAUGUUUUGGAGUAAUGUGGUGCAAAGAGGUCUGAUUUCCAGAACUGUUUACAAUGAAAUCCAGUCAUGCAAUUCUUAGCUAUCUGGCUUGUGCAUUUCCAGGAAUUGCAGAUCAUUGUGGCAGCAGCUCUUUGGAAUAUGUUUAUUUCAAUUGCUGGUAUCAACUGGAUUGUCCGGCGAAGUGUCAAAGAAGUAGUUGGUUGGAGUCUUAGAGAAGUUGAUAGCCCCAUCAAGAAGACCUGGCAGAUGAUUCCAUCAUUUAUUUUUUGGUGUAUUUGGAAGGAAAGGAAUCUCAGAUGUUUUGAUGGUACCCUGCUGACUUAUACAAAAGAGCAAAGGUAGACUCUCUGUUGGAUUGGCAUCACUCAAACUUGCGUCGGGGUACAGCUGGAUAUAUCUUUGAUACUGUUCUCGCUCCUGCUUUUGGGUUGACUUUGAAUCCACAAGCAGCAGCAGAAGCUGAGAAAGUCCUUUUGGCAUCUCUUGCAAAUAUCUAGUCUGUUUGGCUCCAGAGAAAAGGACGGUUUUUGCUUGGGAGUGGCCAACCUUCAAUUGCAGAUCUUAGCUUAGUGUGUGAGAUUAUGGAACUUGAGAUGGAAUUGUUGAGGGAAAAAAUGAAAGGACUGUCAAAGGGUAUGUUAGAUAGAAAGGGGAAAUAAUAUGAGACAAUACUUUCAAGCACAACAAACAGUUCAGUUGUCAGUUCAGCUGCAACUUCCAAGAGAAUUGACUCUUUUACCUUUCUCUACAAGACAAUAACCAUCUCAGGACGUGAUGCCACUCGAGGAGAACAAAUGCUCAGGGCAUUGCAAGGCUAUAGUGCGAAGGAUAGUAGAACAAGAGCUGAAACUGUGCAAUGGUCACAAAUGCAGGAAAUGCUGCAGCAAGUGAGAGGGGAGAAGGAAGAACUUCAGGCUUCUCGUGAUUUCUGGGAAAAACCAGCCCUUGACUUUGCUCGUGAAAUCCAAUCUUUACAGUCCUCUUUAAGAAUCUGGUUCUUGGUUUCCAAUGAUACGUUUGAUGAAAUAAGUUUUGAUUUGAAACAGUUCACUAUAUUAUUUCUUCAAAAGUAUCUCAUUUACUUUUCACUUGAUCCGAGGCUCUUUCGGAAACAAUCUCUCUACCUCCACGAGGUACUGGUGGAAGAAUGGAAAGGCAAAUCACAAGCAUUUGAAACCAAGGCAAAGGAUAUGCAGUGUGAAUUAACUGCAGCAAAAGACAAGCUGGAAUAAUCAAGGACAGAGAAAUCUACGGCACAUGAUCAAAGAGAGGUAACAUCUACCCCGAAUUCACCUUUGUUGUCAUUAGCCAAGCAAAUUGAGAAGGAAAAACGUGUGUUGGUUUGUCGGUUAAAAAAAUGCCAUUCAGAAGUUGCAAAAACAAAGAGGUGUUGAAGUGAUUUCAACAAAAGAUUUGCCACCUGUUUCUCUUGGGAAGCAACUAGAAGGAAAAGUGCAUGUUUAUGCAUUGUCUGAAGUAAAAUCGCGGGGCCAAUGACAGGAGUGGUAGAUCAGAACUUUCUUCUGUUGGGAUAAGAAAAGAACAUUCUUGCAGCAAAAAAUCAGGAGUACUAAAAAGGCCACCAUUUAGAGAUGUUGGGAAUUCAUCACCAUUAUUGUUGAGGCAAAAUAGUAAAGCUGUUUACCCUUUGCACAGCCCUUAAAGCUGAGUAAGCCAAAUGUCUCUUUGUCUUGGAAGUUUUGUGAUGUUAUUUGUCUUCUUCAAGUGAUUAUUUGCUUAGUAUUGAUUGGUGCAAGCCUUUUGUAGAGCAAACAGUUUUGGUAGUAAUAAGAGUAUUUGCAUUGCUAAUUUUGCUACAUU